CAUCAACACCCAAACGGUACGGUAGCCACAAUGUUACCGAGCGAUCAAUUCAGCCUCCGGGCCUCUUCGCUAUGGGUUCAGACGGGUCAAGGUAUCGUACAGAAAUCACCUCAACAGUCACUGCAAUCCGCAUGACAGGUGUUCGUCCGGGGCUUGCACUUGCACUUGUGCAGUGUGCAAGGCUCGGUCGUUCUGAGAUUACACUGUCAAAACUUGAUCUAGAUAAUACUAGCGAAAGGACAUGCGUUGCAUUGAUUGCUCCCCUUCUUGUUGAAAAGAGGAAGAGAGCCCCGUCUCUCAUGCUGACAACUUCUAGUAUAAGUCGUUUGACUUGAUAAAUUUGUGCCAAGAUGUCUACUGAUAAGAUUACUUUCCUGACCAACUGG